GACCGACACCACAGUGUUGUAGAUUUAGUUUACUGUGGACCUGUAAUAGAUGCGUCUCUAAGACAUUAGGGGAUGUGUCCCAUCAGAAGCAGCUGCGGCUUUGCAAAGAGCAUCUCCGCUACUGUUUCGGUGCAUUCGCUGUUUUCCACGGGAGUGAAUCUUAAUUUCCAGACAUUAAAAUUGGUCUCAUUUCACCUGAAGCGUCACUUUAACCUUCGAUGAAACGUCUUAGACUUUAGAUUUCACGACAUCCAUUUAUCACGGUGGAAGCAACAUAGCAGAAAAAGGUGUUUACUGUCGCUGGCACAGACCCGACCUGAGCAGAAACGAAAGGAGACUAGUGUCUGAGGUUUUGGCGGUGCCAGAUGUUUUACCAGCUGACACGAUAGCAGAUAAAUUGUAGAGAUAUUUAUUGAGUCACUCACGGACAUGGAAGGAGGCGAGGUGCUGUUUUCAUCAUGUUUGAGGAGCCAGAGGACAAAUCAUUCUGCAUCCUCAUAAAACCUAAUGUUUAAUGAGGAUGAGGGUGGUGGUGAAGGCAGAGAUGGAUUUCCCAGUGGAAGCAAGAGUUGAUUUGAAUGCUUUUCAAGAUGGGACAAAAGUUCGACAAAUCCUCACGUCACAUGACUUUCAAGUGGUGCAGGAUCUGGACAGAAAUAAGGUGCAUAUCAAGGGUUCCUUUUUGAAGCUCAAAGAUGCGAAGGCCCAUUUGGAGUGUCUUCUCCGCUCACAAACCCAGACCAAGGCAACGCCAUACUCACCCACUUGUCCUCCAGUCCAAACAUCCUCCUCUGGAGCCAUUUCCAAAUACUACAGCACCAGCUGCUCAGUGUCAGAUGGUAACAGUAGCAGGUUGGGGUCCAGAGAUAAAUGCACUACUCCGAUGUCAGCCAGCACCUCUCCAUCUUGGGUGUCAGACACUUCCCACUAUCGUCCAGCCUCUCCACAAUACAGAGCGUCUUCCUCUCCAAGACCAGAGCAGUGUGCUUCACUCAGGGUUGGAUGUGAGUCAUUUGUCAUUGAUGGAGAUGUGAUUAGGUACGCAGAGCAGCUCAGGAAAAGUGACAUCGUCAACAUCCUGAAUAGCCAUGGUGUUACAAUGAGAGUGGAUUACUUUGGCGAGAGCUCCAACAUCACUGUGAGAGGAAGGAGCGCACAGAGAGCUGCUGGAAAACUACAGAGCCUUCUGUAUGAUCUAAGCAAAUCCCUACGCACACAGGAAGUUUCUUGGAAGGAUGUCAAGGAAGAAGCUCUUUUAGAGAGGAUUCUGGAAAACAAAAACAUUUACAAUUCAGUGCUCCUGUGUGAGAUGGAUGGCAGACUUCACCUCAUAGGACCAUCUGGUGAGAGCUACGAGGUGAAGCAGAGGCUGCUGGGAAGGCCAGUUGAGCAAUCAGGACGUACAGGAAGGACAUUUGACAGAAACUCCAGGAGGAGGAGCAGCUCUCUGGCAGCAGUCAGUCGAAGGAGCACAGAAAGAGAUAGUGGUACCAUCACUAAUUCAUCAAAGCCUGUUGGAGCUGCAGGUUACUCCCUAUCAAAGCGGCAGCAUGAUAAACAGGAAGGUGCUGAGUCUGAGCAAGGGGCUGCAGCUCAUUCUGGACAAAGUGCAGCUGUAAGGACAAGAAGCCAGUCCUGUGAAAAACAAUGGUCUAAUGGAUACCUGCAGCAAGAGAGAGAGAAGAAAUCCCUGCCUUCUAAACCAGUCUUCAAGCAAAGCCUAAGUACAUGGCCACAAAACAUUAAGAAAAAGUUUAAACAGUUGCCAGGACAGUGUAAGAAGCAGUGAAUCUCUUAGUUGAAACUUUUUUUUUUUUGGUAUUAUUUUUGAUCAUGUUUUGUUGUCAGGCUGAUUAUGACAUAUGAAAGUAAAUGGCUGUUAAAGGAGAAGUUUGACAUGUUGGGAAAUGUGUUUAUUCACUCUGUGACUGAAAGUCAGUUGACAGGAUUUGUACCACUCUCAUGUUUGUACAGUAAAUAUGAGGCUUCAGCUGGCAAAUGCUUAGCUCAGCACCAACACUGAGCUUGGAGAACCAGCUAGUCUGGCUCUGUCACAUCCGCAUAGAGACACCUCUAAAGCCCACUAAUAAGUUAUCAGCUGUGUUUUUAACAGCAGUAGCUCUGGGCAGCUUGGCUGUCUCUGUGCUACACUAAUUAAACUUUGACUCAGCCUAAUCUGGCUGAGUCUCAUUUCACUGCCACAGGUCUUGGGUCUGUGUGUAUGUCAAAUACCUAUGAAUACUUUGUUUUUAUAUUCAUUACAGAAGACGUUUUUUUAGGUUAAAACAUUAUGAUAUUAAGGGACAGUUACUUUUGCAAAUUUAAUUCACAGAUAUUUGUUAGGGUAUUAUUAUCUAUCAGCCAUUUAGCUGCAGAAUGAUUUAUUGUUUGUGCUGGGCUUGAAAACAGGGCAAAAUUAGUUUUUGAGGCAUAUAAAUCAAUUAUUUUGUUAACCUUUCAAUAUUGCAAAUAGAAAAUUAUUAAUAAAUAUCUGUACAGUGGCUGAAAUUUGAAUUAUGUAAAUGGCAAUUAAUUCCAAAAAUGUCCAUUAAAGAAAACACUAACACUAAAUUACCCUGAGUGAUUUGAUUGAUAUUUGAGUGGUAAUCAAAUGUGGUAAUGAGUCUGUUUAAUCUCAAUUUGUUCAUGCACUACCUAAUUACAUUGUGCAUCUAGGGCAAUUUUAACACCUGAAUCUAGAUGGAGACAGAAAUAGAUGAGAGAGGAAGCAUGAGCAGGAAGUGAGCCAGUCUCUGACAACUAUGUCUGAACUCAUGUAGAGAGAGGGAGUACUGAUGGCUGGGGGGGAUUUAACAUGCAAGUGUAGUUAAAAACAUGUAA